CUCCGCCAUGUCAUGGAGGCGCCGCUGGGCGGAGCGUGGUGAUGGCGGUGGCGGGGUGUGCGUCCCUGCUACUGAUCGCGCUGCAGCUGGCGGGCCCGUGUGGGGCGGCCGCUACCGCUCUGCCCGUAGUCAUCAACACUUGGGCGUUUAGGAAGGCCACAGAGACAGCAUGGAGAACAUUACAGUUGGGUGGUUCUGAGCUGGAUGCUGUUGAGAAAGGCUGUGGUCAGUGUGAGAUUGACCAGUGCGAUGGGAGUGUGGGAUAUGGAGGAAGCCCAGAUGAAAGUGGAGAAACAACACUGGAUGCAAUGAUUAUGGAUGGCAACACUAUGGAAGUUGGGGCAGUUGCAGAUCUCAGACAUGUGAAAAAUGCAAUCGGUGUAGCACGAAAGGUCAUUGAGCACACUAAGCAUACAUUAUUAGUGGGAGAGUCAGCCUCCCUGUUUGCUGUACGCAUGGGGUUUCCAUAUGAAGAUUUAACUACCCAAAGAUCUCUUUCGAUGUAUUCAAGGUGGCUUAAUCAAAGCUGUCAGCCGAACUACUGGAAGAAUGUGGUACCAGAUUCUUCAAAAUCCUGUGGACCAUAUAAGCGGCUUGAAAAAGUUUCAUUUGAAGAAGAGACCAUUUCACAAAGAAACGUUCAUAAUCACGAUACUAUUGGAAUGGUUGUAAUUGGUAAGAGUGGAACCGUUGCUUCUGGGACAUCUACUAAUGGUGGCGUCCACAAAAUUCCAGGCCGUGUUGGAGAUUCUCCUAUAGCUGGAGCAGGAUCGUAUGCUGAUAGUACAGCUGGAGGAGCUGCAGCCACUGGGGAUGGUGACACCAUGAUGCGGUUCUUACCCAGCUAUCAAGCAGUGGAGUAUAUGAGGAUGGGAACAGACCCGACAGUAGCCUGUCAAAAAGUUAUUUCCAGGAUUCAGAAGCAUGUUCCGAAGUUCUUUGGUGCUGUUAUAUGUGCUAAUACAACUGGAAGUUAUGGUGCUGCAUGUAAUAAAAUUCCAGGAUUCACUCAGUUUCACUUCAUGGUUUUUAGCCCUUUGCAAAGUCAGCCGGUUGAGCAAGUAGUAGAUUGCAUUUAAUUUCUUUUACCUUAUUAACAUCUAAACUUAGAGGAGGAAAGUGCUAAGAUUCCCAAAGUAUCACUUUUUAAAAUAUUUCUUUGAUUUUUGUUGUUUUAUAAUCACGUGAACAAGUAUAAAGAUAUGUUGAUGUGGAUGCUUCACUGUUUUUAGUAUAUUCUGUUUUCAAAUUGUGUAGUGCUGUUAAACUUAAGCUGUAGUUAUCUCCUCAAUUUGCCAAAUUAUUUCUAAAUGAUUUCAGAGAGAUAUUUUAGGGUGAGAUUUUUAAAAAUGGACUCUGUGCACUUUCCUGAAAGUGGAUAAAACUACAAAAUUAUAGUUAGUGCUGGCACUUUCACAGUUAGCAUGGAGGGAUUCUGCUUUGUUUAAAAAUCAACAUUUAAGUGAAAUGGCUGAAAUUAAUGUGCCUCACUACUGAAGUCAUUUAAAUCAGGAAUUUAAUAGAUGUUACCUUACAUCUCAACUCUUAAAUUUUCCCAAACCUAACAGUCAAACUGUGGUUCUAAAUACCAUACAAAGUUACCUAUUGUAUAUUCACUUCCAGGCAAUGCCAAGUUUCACCCACUUUUUUGGGAAGUAGAGAUUUGGUCAUUGGAAAAAGGUCUUUUGAUGAAAGCUCAUAAAGUAGACAGGUUAUCGUCCAGCAUAUACAGAGAUGAAGUGUCUGACAGCUCUUCUACUGUCUGCUUUCUUAAGAGCUGAAUAAGCAAAAGUGGUGUAUAAUAACCACUGUCUAGACAUUCACUUUUCCAUUUGAAAACAAGUGUUUGGCAGAAAUCUGGAAUAAAGGGCAGGGGGGAGAAAGGUUUCUGCCUCUACACAGGAGACUUAUUUUAAGAAUGUUUAUUUGUUAUUCUGAGAUUUAGUCCUAAUUUUUUCCUUCCUCUUGAAAAGAAAAUUAUGUGCAAGUGCUAGCAAGCAAGGAAAGAGAAUUGAAGAGUAGUGGUGAAGAUUUUGAAGUCUUAAUUAAAAGAUUGAGAAAUGAGAGAACUUUUCAAAAUAGCUGAAAAUGUCUUUGAGUGGAAAGAACAUCCAAACAUCCCUGUUAGUACAAGUUUUCAAGGAGUGUUGAAAUCUGUUGACAGUAAAUGGGAUGUGAGACUGAUUUUUCCACAUGGCAAAUUGAAUUAUGAAUCUUAAUCACAGUGAUUUGUCACGAGUGUGCUGUGUGCUUACAUUUUCCUAAAGCAUAUUACCACUGCAAAGAUGCAGUUGCUUGCCUAAAGCAUGGUAGUUAAAGCAAAAAAACAAACAAACAAAAAAAAAAAACAAAAAAAAACUAGUUUAAUCACUUUCUUCAACAUCUUGAGGAUGGUUCUACAGGUAUAUGUGAUCUGUGUGCAACCUUGAGUUUAAUAUGAAAAAAAAGGGGGGAGGGGAGUCAGGCAAGAAAAAUGAGUAUGCCUUUUCAUCAACACUUGAAUUAUUCUUCGUCUACUUUAAUAAAAUGUUUUGGUAAUAAAAGCACACUUUAAUGUAUCUUUUUUUAAGUCAGGUUGUUUGGUGCUUGUCUACUGUGCCUUAGAAUGAUUCUUACCUUAUGUUCCAAGAUGUACGUUUAGAAGCUGGAGAAAACAUUCAAGCUACAGUAGUCAUCUUUAAUGGUCUGCUGUUGAACUAGGUCAGGAAACUCAUUUAUUUGGAAGAUUUCCUUCUGUCACUGCAUCUUUGGAGCACCUAAUAAUACAGAGUUCACAAUAGGCCACACCAAGCUUUUGUCAAAGGAGCUCUUAUUGUAUAAAUCUGCAGCGGCUUAUGGUGUUUUCUAUCUCUCCUACCUACAGCCAUUCUGCCAUAGCUGCUGUAGUUUAAAAUGGAGUGAAUGAAACACUGUCUGUACCUGUAACUUCAGGCAGUCAUGUACAAAUAGAUAAGUAAAAUCCCAGUGAUUAUUUCUUCAAAGAUAACGUUGCAAAUGUUGAACAUAGCAGUUCAGUUCUGCAGCUGAACAUUAACAUCUCAAACUGCUGCAAGUGAAUUUAGGAUUCAUUUUCCCGAGAGCUUGAGAACAUUGGUGAUAUGCUUUCUAGUGUGUUUAUGUCACUGUGUUAGCUAGCAUAAACAACCAGAAGUUAUGACUACAUGCUGAAAGUGAUCUGUAGAAGUGUAUUUGAAGUCAUUGAGUUACAGUUCUAACUUUCUGUGUAGCCUGCUCAUCCUUACCUGAGGAAAAUUACUCAUCUCCAUGAGAUGUACAUAUUUAAUACAUGUGGUUUAAUGAGGUAAAUUGCUUUGUCAUGCUGAGUUAUCAUAAAUGAAAGGAUUAGUUUGUGUGAAUUAUUUGAAUAUACAGUUAAUUUGACAAUGUAUUAAAUUACAGAUGUGCUGUUCUGGUAUUACAGACAAAUGAGUAAUACUUUGUUUGCUGUGGUUACAAAAAAAAAAUCUUUUGCAUUUAUGGAAUUUUUUUGGAAGUUUUUCACUAUACUACAAAAUGCAAAAGAAAAUGACACAAAAUAUGAGACUUGCAAGUUAGCGAUAGGAUUGAAUGCCUCAUGUCUGCGUGUUUUUGUUUAAGUCUUUAAGUUCAUUAGCUUCAAGCUAACCUGCUUCUUUCUAAUGCUUCUCACCAAAUUAUCAUUUCAUCUGACAUAGUGGGGGAGGGAAACACCUUGGUGAUACUGUUUCAUUUACUCUAGCUCUGAUUUAGAAGUGAUAUAUGCUAAGCACUGAACUACAAAUGUUCUUACUGGGGGGUCUAUUCGUUAUUCCACAUAAGUUCCAUUAAGUUUACAGCAAAACAGCAUUGCUGAGUAACUACAGAGUAGAUUCUCAGGAUUUUAUGACCAGUUUCACUGUUACUGUUUGAGCUGCUGAGUCAAGUGGCAAACAAUUUUAGAUCUUUGUGCAUUUAGCAAUAAUUGCUGUGUUUUUGUUUUCUUUCUUUCUUUUUUUUUUUUCCCCAGCCAGUUGGAAGCAAUGUAGGUGAAUUCACCUGCUGGUGCAAUACUCUUGGCAUGAUUAGUUGUUAUUUACAGUGACAGGUGGUGAUAGGUGAAAUAAAAGCAAUUAGCAACUUCAAAGCAUGCCAGUUGUUGUGAGAUUUCCUCUUACUGGUGAUUUUAUUUCUUUAUUUUUUUCUUAGUGGGACAGGGGAGUAAGUAUUUGAAAGAUGAGUUGGUUGUUCAUUUUGUUUUUAAUUAUUCUUUUUCCCAGGUAGAGUCUUACAAAAACAAAUGUGUUGUAAAUAUGAAGGCUUUUUAUUGUUUAGAAAUGAUGAGCUCUUGUAACACUUCUGCUUAUUUUCCAGGCAGACUCCAAAUUACACUUCAGCUGGAAUUUCAUUUGCUGCCAAAUCUUACUUGUUUUGAUUGCCUCUGUUGUUUAAAACAUAAAAAGCUGUGAGUUCUGGCACUUGAACAUAGUUGCAAAGUUGAGUUGUGUUUUAAAUUUAUACUUUCUUACCAUUUGUCAUUUGAAGAUCUUAAGGAAGAAGAACUUCAGUUAAGCAAGACAAACAGUAAUGUUGGUGUAUUUGAAUAUUCUAAAGUACAGAUAGAAAGAACCUGCACUUGGUUACUUUUAGAAGAUAGGCACACAGACAUUGCUAUCAAACCUAAACUUCCAAACAGGAGGAAGGCUUUUGUGAAAGUGUCAGCUUAAGUGAGACUUUCUGACUGUAUUUGCAAGCUGUAUUAAUCUUUGUAGUAUGUGGGGGUAACCAAUCACAGAAGGUGCAGCAUGGUGCUCUGACUUUGGCUCUUGUUGUUAUGAGAUUAAAUGUUUAAAAUACUUCUUUAUUGGGAAGUAUUUAAAAGAAAUGAAAUUAUAUAUUUACAUAUGCACACUUACAUGUUACAGUAAUAUUUCAUAAUAUUAUGCAACCAUAAUGUUAAAUCAGCUUGUAAUUGCAAAACUGAAAUGGGAAAUAUAAGCUAAGUACUUUCUCUCAUAUAAAGUUUUAUAAUCUGGAUGUUUUAUUGUUUGAAAGUGUCAGGAAUGUUUGCCUUCAUGUUAAUUUCUGCAGGCUAUGUUACUGCAUUCAUUUUAUUCCUAACCUUCAGUUAAAUUGUUUAAUAAGUUCUCUGUUAUUGCAUGGGGCCUUGGUAAAUUAGAUUCUGCUCAGCUGUGUGCAGUAAAUAAGGUUUUUAGGCAAGUUAUUUUCCUUUGUCACCAAAACUGUCCUGCCUGCCUUCCUGCCCCAUGAGAAGAUUUUUUGUUUGUUUGUAAGUAGAAAAACAUAUUUAGUGUUACCUAUUGAAGUAAUUAGUGACUUAAUGAUUUAAAUAUAUAUAGAAGUUGCAUUUUUGAGCAAAUUGAGAGACAACAUCACAGUAGAUUGUACUAUGGCAAUACUACAGAUUUAAGAUUAUUCCAAGACAGUCACUUUAUGAUAUAUGUUAUUUAUGGAAUACAGUGUGACAGGCUAUUUGACAAUAAAAAUGCUUGUGUUUCUUGCUUAA